AUGCCCACCCCUCACAGGAGCAACGACGGGUACCCCAGCGGGACGCUCUACGCCUCCGUCAACCCCGAGUACUUCAGUGCCUCGGACAUGUACAUCCCCGAUGAGUGGGAGGUGUCGCGGGAGAAGAUCACGGUGAUCCGGGAGCUGGGGCAGGGCUCCUUCGGGAUGGUGUACGAGGGGCUGGCACUGGGGCUGGCCACCGAGGGCGAGGAGACCAAGGUGGCCCUGAAGACGGUCAACGAGUUGGCCACCAUGCGGGAGCGCAUCGAGUUCCUCAACGAGGCCUCCGUCAUGAAAGCCUUCAAGUGCCACCAUGUGGUCCGUCUGCUCGGUGUCGUGUCCCAGGGCCAGCCAGCUUUGGUCAUCAUGGAGCUGAUGACACGCGGGGACCUGAAGAGCUACCUGCGCUCGCUCAGGCCUGACGCCGAGAACAACCCCGGGCUGCCGCCGCCGUCGCUCAAGGACAUGAUCCAGAUGGCGGGUGAGAUCGCCGACGGCAUGGCGUACCUCAACGCCAACAAGUUUGUGCACCGGGACCUGGCCGCCCGCAACUGCAUGGUGUCCGAGGACUUCACCGUCAAGAUCGGAGAUUUCGGCAUGACCCGGGAUAUCUACGAGACGGAUUAUUAUCGGAAAGGGGGCAAGGGGCUGCUCCCUGUCCGCUGGAUGUCCCCCGAGGCCCUCAAGGACGGCAUCUUCAACACACAGUCUGACGUCUGGUCCUUCGGCGUGGUGCUCGUCAUCGAGAACCAGGAGACGCUGACAACCUUGACCCGGGCUGACACCAGGAUGCUGCGGGACCUCAGGAGCCUCACCAUCGCCAGGUCGGGGCUGCAGCACGUCUCUGCCGACGCCUUCCUGGACACCCCCAGGAAUCUCUCCUCCAACGCGCUGCACAGCCUUUCCUGGAAGACCUUCCAGCAUCUGCCCCUGCAAGAGCUCAUCCUGGUGGGAAAUCCCUUCAACUGCUCCUGCGGCCUCCGCUGGCUGCAGCUCUGGCAGAACGGGAGCCGGGCCGAGCUGGGGAACCAGUCGCUGGGCUGCUGGGAGGGCAGCGUGCUGGUCCCCCUGGGCAGCCAGCCCCUCCGCGCCUGCGGUACGUGGCAGGGGACCCCGCCGGGUUUGGGUGCUGGGUUUCCACCGGCCACUGGGGAAUGGGUGCUCCCCGAGGUGGGACCCGAGCUGCCCGUCGUCACCAAGCUCUCGGACUGGGAGAUCCUCCUGGAGAUCAGCAACGUCUCCUCCAACCUCAACCACAAAGACCUGACGUGCCGGGCGGAGAACGCGGCGGGACCGGCGGAGGACAGCGUGAUGCUGAACGUCACCUUCCCCCCCGUGAUCCUGCUGCUGCACGAAGCCAUCCCCCAGCACUUCUGGUGCAUCCCCUUCUCGGUGGACGGCAAUCCGGUCCCCAGCAUCCGCUGGCUCUUCAACGGCACGGCCCUGGCCGAGGGACCCUACAUCCACACCCGCAUCGUGGAGUACGAGCACAACUCCACCGUCCUCCACGGCUGCCUCCAGCUCAACCGUCCCACGCACGUCAACAACGGCAACUACACCCUCCUGGUCCGCAACUCCCUGGGCUUCGCCGCCCGCAGCAUCCAGGGACGUUUCAUGGAAAACCCCUUCAGCUUCAGCCCCGAGGAGCCCAUCCCCGUGUCUCUGUCUCCGCUGGGCACCAGGAACAGCUCCCUGGAGGGGCCCGUGGAGACGACGGACGAGCACACGUUCGGGGUCUCGGUGGCCGUGGCACUGGCUGUGUUCGCCUGCCUCUUCCUCUCCGUCAUGCUCAUCGUGCUCAACAAGUGCGGGCGCCGGUCCAAGUUCGGCAUUAACCGUGAGUCCCCUCGCCUCGCCUGGCCCAUGUCCCUGCACUUCAUGAACCUGGGCAGCAGCCCCCUCUCCUCGGCAGAGAGCAAGCUGGAGGGGCUGAAGAGCAACUUCAUCGAGAACCCCCAGUAUUUCUGUGACGCCUGCGUGCACCACGUGCAGCGACGGGACAUCGUGCUGAAGUGGGAGCUGGGCGAAGGCGCCUUCGGGAAGGUUUUCUUGGCCGAGUGCUACAAUCUCCUCCCGGAGCAGGAGAAGAUGCUGGUGGCCGUGAAGGCGCUGAAGGAGGUGACGGAAAGCACCCGCUUGGAUUUCCAACGUGAAGCCGAGCUGCUGACGGUGCUGCAGCACGAACACAUCGUCAAGUUUUACGGCGUCUGCACCGAGGGCGAACCCCUCAUCAUGGUCUUCGAGUACAUGAAGCACGGCGACCUCAACCGCUUCCUCAGGUCCCACGGCCCCGACGCCAAGAUCCUGGACCAGGGGCAGGGGCAGCCCUGCGGGCAGCUGACGCUGAGCCACAUGCUGCAGAUCGCCACGCAGAUCGCUUCGGGCAUGGUCUACCUCGCCUCCCUCCACUUCGUCCACCGUGACCUGGCCACCCGCAACUGCCUGGUGGGCCACGACCUGGUGGUGAAGAUCGGGGAUGUCGGCAUGUCCCGGGACAUCUACAGCACCGAUUAUUACCGGGUGAGCGGGCUG